ACUUUCUUCAUUCCCUCAUUCAUUCAUGUUGUGUGGAAUAUAUUGGAUUCCAUCUUCUCACAGCCCUGUGGGGAGACAUUGUGAUGGCUUCCCUCCAGCAAGCCUUGGCAGUCUCCAGCUAUACACUGUUACUUGAUUAAGGAUUUGGCGUGGAAGCUAAGUUAUCAUCACAGAAGCCAUGACAAGAAGGGGCUGCUGGCCACACAGGAUCAUCUUCUCCCUCAUACUUUUGACUUGGACACAUGUUACUUUAGCAGCACUUAUCAGAUCACAUACCUUUUCUAACUGGCCUAAGCCCCCAUGCAAAAUGUAUUACCCAAUAGACCCUGAUUAUGAAGCAAACUGUCCAGAUGUGAUAGCGCUGGUUUGUGCUACCAAUGGCUUGAACUACAAGAACGAGUGCUUCUUUUGCAUUGAUCGGUGGGAGUUUGGACCUCACAUCGAGUUUGUCAAAUAUGGAAAAUGUGAAUAGCGAUUAACCGAACACCUUCAUUUGUUUAUUCUUCAUUCUGGGAUUUAUUUCUUUGGGAGUUUGAGGUGUUUAAUUUACCAAUUUUAUGCAUCCCUGUGCCGUACCCAAAUUUCAAGCCAAAUGGAAAACAAAGGAUUCCAAAAAUGAGAAAAGAAGUCAUAUUUGUUGCAAAUAAAUGUCU